CCCCGGAUUUGACCCACCGUCCCAACAGUUUCGCGCACGUGACCGAUAUCGGGGUGACACAAACGCACGGAUUGCAUCAUCUAGAGUGAUUGAGUCAGAACUAUGGAGUAUCGGGCCUGAAAAAUUGACGGAUAAAUAUACACACAGUUAACCAGUUUUUCAUCUUGCAACAACCAAAAUGGCACCCAAAAGAUCGUACAGUCUAGAGACGGAGUUGGUGUUAUCCAAAUCUACCGACCAGUACAAUGCCUCCGUGCCCCCCUUGUAUCAAUCGGCCACAUUCAAACAGCCCUCGUUAUCCAACAUGGGAGAAUACGAUUAUACAAGAUCAGGCAAUCCUACCCGUACCUACUUGCAGAACCACUUGGCCAAGGUUAUGAAGGCCACCCACACCUACGCAGUGACUUCUGGUAUGGGGUGUCUCGAUGUGAUCACCAGGCUCUUGAAGCCAGGGGAUGAAGUUAUUGCUGGCGAUGAUUUAUAUGGUGGCACCCACAGAUUGUUGACCUACUUGCACAAGAAGGGAGACGUCAAGUUGGGUCACUACGACACUACCGACACCGAGUUGAUCAAGUCCAAGAUCACCACCAGCACCAAGAUGAUUUUCUUGGAGUCCCCCACCAAUCCGUUGAUCAAGGUGGUAGAUGUCCGUUCCAUUGCCCAGUACGCGCACCAGGUGAAUCCAGAUGUGAUAGUGGUGUUUGACAACACCAUGAUGUCGCCUGUGUUGAUGACCCCCUUGGAUUUGGGGGUGGAUAUCCAAUACGAGUCCGCUACCAAGUACCUCAACGGCCACCACGAUAUCAUGGCAGGUGUGCUUGCCACCAGAUCUGACAAGUUGGCCGAGCAGUUGUUUUUUGUCAUAAAUUCCACGGGAUGUGGGUUGUCUCCUUUCGACUCAUGGCUCUUAUGUAGAGGGUUGAGAACUCUCGCCAUCAGAGUUGAAAGACAACAACAGAAUUGCAGCAAGAUUGCCGAAUUCCUUCAGAACAUUGGCUUCAAGGUGAGAUACCCCGGAUUGAAGUCGCAUCCUCAGCACGAGUUGCACAAUUCAAUGUGCAGAGGUUAUGGAGGAGUGUUGAGUUUUGAAACCGGUAGUAUCAAAAUCUCGGAAAAGAUCGUGGAGAGCACGGAAAUUUUCGGAAUUGCUGUUUCCUUUGGAUGUGUCAACUCUCUUAUCUCCAUGCCAUGCAAGAUGUCCCACGCCUCCAUCGACGCAAAGACCAGAGAAGAAAGAGCCCUUCCUGAAGAUUUGAUCCGAUUAUGCAUCGGGAUCGAAAACUGUGACGACUUGAUCGACGAUUUGCAUAAGGCGUUGUUGAAGAGCGGUGCCGUAAAGGUAAAUGAAAGAGACGAGCUUUUCAAUGCCGUUGGAAUCGAGGCCAAGUUAUAGAGCUUAGAAAUACUACAACCACCAAUACUAUGAUCAAACCUGUAGACUCUC